AUGAAUUACUAUAGUCCAGAAGAGGAUAUUAAUCACUCAUUACGUUUAUUUUGGGAAAUUGAAAGAGUCUGUUAUAAAGAACCAUCAUUAACUAAGGAUGAUCAAAGGGCUGAAGAUUAUUAUAGAGCUACUACACUGCGAGACAAAAGAUAUUCAGUGAGAUUGCCUUUCAAACAUAAGCCCGAAUUAGGUAUUUCUUAUAAUGCUGCAUUGAGAAGACUUCAAGCUAUGGAACGUAAGUUUAAAUCUAACGUUAUUUUAAAGGAUUCUUAUUCUGAGUUUAUGAGAGAAUAUCUUAAUAUGGGACAUAUGGAACUUAUUCCAAAAGAUGAGAUAAAUCGCCCUGCUGCCGAAAUAUAUUAUCUACCACACCAUGCUGUGUUAAAAGAUUCUAGUAUUACUACAAAGUUACGUGUUGUUUUUGACGGUUCUAGUAAAACAUCAAAUGGGAAAUCUCUAAAUGAUAAUAUUCUAAAAGGUCCCAUUUUGCAGCAAGAUCUAGUAGCUGUAAUAUUACGAUAUAGAUAA